CCCACCAUAUUGAGGUCCAGUCCUUAGCUGGGGAAGGGACCUCGUGCCGAUUGCUGGGCAAUUUGCAUGUAUUGCUUAAUAAAUGAAUAUGCUUAGAAGAGCAAACCUUGGUUUCCUCAGCCAUUUCAUCUUUUAUUUACCAAGAUUUUGGUGGGGUCAGCCAGGUCAAAUCAGAACUCCAGCCCACACUUUCAGAAAAACUCCCAGAAUACUUCAGUUAAUCUUUCAUUAAUCUUUCACUCAGGGACUUCUCGGAAGCCUUUCUCCAAAGGUCAGACUCCUACUCUUGAUCUCUAUUUCUCUCUCUCACUCUUUUUUAAUCCUUCCCUUCUGUUUAAAAUCAAUUCUGAGUAUUGUUACAAGAUAAGGACUAGACAAUUUGUAUUAAGUGACUGACCCAGCCUUAAGCAGUUAACAAGUAUCCAAGGACAGAUUUGAACCCAGGACCUCUCAUCUCCAGGACUGGCUCUCUAUCCAGGGAGCCUCCUAGCUGCCUCAAUCCCUAUUUCUUCUGAGCUAAGGGUUGUUUUGAGGCUUUUGAUUUCCCAGCUGGUUUCUGAGAAUUAGACCAAAAGAGAGAGAAGAAAAUAGAUUCUAAGCCUGAAAAAUGCAGCUUUUGUUGCUUGGCAGCCUUCUGCUUUUCUCUAUUACCCAGAUCUGGGCAAGUGAGAGGCACUACUACAUUGGGAUUGUUGAAACAGCUUGGAAUUAUGCUCCCAUCAGUGAUGAGAAGAAACCUCAGUUCAAAGACUUAGAACCUGAAUCCAAUUUCUAUCUUCAAAGAGGGCCAGACAGAAUAGGAGGGACAUAUAAGAAAGCUUUAUAUGUUCAGUACACUGACCACCUCUUCACCAAGACCAUCGAAAAACCAUCUUGGUUGGGGUUUUUGGGCCCUAUUAUUCGAGCAGAGACUGGAGACAAAGUUAUUGUGCAUAUAAAAAACUUUGCUUCCAGAGCCUACACUUUCCACACACAUGGGAUAACCUACUAUAAAGACCAUGAAGGUGCUCUCUAUCCUGAUAACACCACAAGUCUGCUCAGGGAGGAUGACAAAAUACAGCCAGGAGGACAAUAUACCUAUGAAUUAUCUGUCCAUCAAAAUCAAGGCCCUGCUUUUGGGGAUAGUAACUGUGUGUCCAGGAUUUAUCACUCACACAUUGAUGCCCCGAGAGACAUCGCUUCUGGACUCAUUGGCCCUUUGAUAAUUUGCAAAAAAGAUACAUUGGACAAUGAGAAGGACAAAACUAUUGAUAAGGAGUUUGUUGUGAUGCUUUCUGUGGUGGAUGAAAAUAUGAGUUGGUAUUUGGAGGAGAACAUUGAGACCUACUGCUCUGGAGAAGUUGACACAGACAAUGAAGACUUCCAAGAGAGUAAUCGGAUGUAUUCCAUGAAUGGUUAUGCCUUUGGAAGCCUCCCAGGUUUCACCAUGUGUGCAGAAGACAAGGUGAAGUGGUACCUUUUUGGCAUGGGCAAUGAAAUUGAUGUGCAUGCAGCUUUCUUCCAUGGACAAGUAUUGACUAAUAAGAAUCAUCGAGUUGAUACCAUAAACCUAUUCCCUGCCACAUUGGUUGAUGCCUUAAUGGUGGCAAAGAACCCAGGAGAAUGGCUGCUUAGCUGUCAGAAUUUCAAACAUAUGAAAGCUGGUUUGAAGGCCUUUUUUCAGGUGGAAGAUUGCAAAAAACUUUCACAUGAUAAAGUUGAUGGGCAAAAUAUUAGGCAUUACUACAUUGCGGCUGAGGAAAUUAUCUGGAAUUAUGCCCCUUCUGUUGAAGGCUUAGAUGCCCCAGGAAGCUCCUCGGAGGUAUUUUUCAAACAAGGAACCAAUAGAAUUGGAGGAAGUUAUAAAAAGUUGGUUUUCCGUGAGUACACAGAUGAUACCUUCACCCACCGCAAAGACAGACUCCCUGAAGAGGAACACAUGGGGAUUUUAGGUCCUGUUAUUAGUACAGAAGUCGGAGAUAACAUCAAAGUUACUUUUUUAAAUAAGAGUCCCUUUCCUCUCAGCAUUCAAUCAACUGGUGUGAGAUUCACCAAGGAUAAUGAAGGCUCCCAUUAUAAUUCAUUCCAUGGAGGCAUUCCUUUGACUCCUUCUCCUUCCUCACAUGUGGAACCCAAAGCAAAGUUCACCUAUGAAUGGACUGUCCCAGAGGGAGUGGGACCCACAUACGAAGAUCCCAACUGUUUAACCAAGAUGUACUACUCUGCUGUAGAUCCCAUUAAAGACAUGUUUACUGGGCUUGUUGGUCCUCUCAUCAUAUGUAGAAAAGGAAGUUUGGAUUCUAAGGGUAGACAGAUUGGUGUAGACAAGGAGUUCUAUUUAUUCCCCCUAGUAUUCGAUGAGAAUGAAAGCCUGUACUUGGAUGAAAAUAUCAGAAUGUUUACACAAGAACCUGACCAGGUGGAUAAAGAAGAUGCUGAUUUUCAAGAGUCCAAUAAGAUGCACUCAAUGAAUGGAUUCAUGUACUGGAGUCAGCCUGGGCUGAAAAUGUGUGUCGGAGAUACCGUGUCGUGGCAUUUGUUCAGUGCUGGAAAUGAGGCUGACAUCCACGGGAUCUACUUCACAGGAAACACUUUCCUCUCCUACGGAGAACGGAAAGACACAGCAAACCUUUUCCCUCAGGCUUCUGUGACACUCCUCAUGACACCUGACUCUGCAGGACUUUUUGACGUUGAGUGCGUAACAACAGACCACUACACAGGAGGCAUGAAACAGAAAUACCAAGUGAGACAGUGUGAGAAGUCUACAGCUGACACAACGCUCUAUCUACAUGAGAAAGUCUAUUAUAUUGCUGCUAAGGAGGUGGAAUGGGACUAUUCCCCAAACAGGGACUGGGAAGAAGGACUGCAUAAUUUACAAGAACAGCACAAUGUUUCCAAUGCAUUUUUAGAUAAAGGAGAGCUCUUCAUAGGUUCAAAGUACAAGAAAGCUGUGUACUGUCAAUACACUGAUAGUACAUUUAGUACUCCAAAAGAAAGAGAAGAAGAAGAAGAACAUUUGGGAAUUCUAGGUCCACAACUUCUUGGAUAUGUUGGUGGCAGAGUUAAAAUUUUCUUUAGAAAUAUGGCAUCAAGACCUUACUCAAUACAUGCCCACGGGGUGAAAACUCCUAAUUCUGUGGUAUUUCCAACUCAACCAGGUGAAACACAGAUUUAUACCUGGGAAAUCCCUCUAAGGUCUGGCGCCGGAUUAGAAGAUUCUCCUUGCAUUCCCUGGGCUUAUUAUUCAACCGUAGAUCAAGUGAAGGAUCUCUACAGUGGAUUAAUUGGUCCUCUGAUUAUUUGCCGAAGACAUAAGACAGCUGUGUUUGGGGCCACAAAGAAACUCCAAUUUUCUCUCCUAUUUUUAGUUUUUGAUGAAAAUGAAUCUUGGUAUUUAGAUGAAAAUAUCCAAAAAUACUCUGCUGCCCCAGAAAAAGUAAACAAGGAAGAUGAAGAUUUUAUAGAAAGCAACAAAAUGCAUGCGAUUAAUGGACUAGUGUAUGGAAAUUUACAUGGCCUCACAAUGCACGUUGGAGAUGAAGUCAACUGGUUUCUGAUGGGCAUGGGCAAUGAAAUCGACCUCCACUCUGUGCACUUCCAUGGACAUAGCUUUGAGUAUAAGCUUGGAGGAAUGUAUCGCUCUGAUGUCUUUGACCUCUUCCCUGGGACAUUCCAAACAGUAGAGAUGCUUCCAAAUGUGCCAGGAACUUGGCUACUUCACUGCCAUGUGGCUGACCACAUUCAUGCUGGAAUGGAAACUACCUACACUGUGCUUGAAAAUAAAGGGUCUUCUCAUACUCAUAGGAGGAUAAAGGAUAUGAAAUAUCUAUUAUUAAUAUUUGUGACAGUCUUUUCCCAGCUAUCAACCAUGGGACAACUUCAAGAGUAAGAUCAACCUCUGAUGAACAUUCACGGAUAGCAUUAUAAUGUGAAGUUUGAUUUAAUCAAGACCAUGUCACCUGCCAAUGGGCGCACUCAGAGGGCUUUUGUGUAUAUUAGGAGUCACUCUUCCAGUGGGACUUUGCCUAUUCCAGAUCAUCUCCAUGCUGUACCUCCACAAUCCUCCACUCCAACCUUGCUACCACUCCAGCUCCUGCCACGGGCCUGGAUCUCCUGGAUGGUGAAAUUUCUCCAUAUCUAGCCUGGCCCAGACCCGCUGCUCCACCCUCCAACCAUGGAUGGACCAAGCUGUGGCAGGUGCAUGCCCUUCUGCCAACCCCAACCUCCUUUCCAACUCUAGCCUGGGGAAACAAUGCCAUCGUGCUUUCCAGUAGCAGGGGAAGUGUUUCUAUGGCAAGCUCCAUGAGGGCAGGAACACUUCUGCCUCUUUUUUUGCACCCCUGGCACUAAAACAGUCUCUGGCACAUAGCAGGCACGUAAAUAUAUAUCAAUGGAACUGAAUUGAAAAAGUGUUUAAACACUCCAAAUGUGGUGAUUUCAUGGUCAUCAGCAUUAAAACCAUCCAGAAGAUUGGAAGCUCUUGGAAGGCAGAGCUCAUUUCUCAUUUUGUCUAUCUCUGGUCCCCAGCGAAUUGCUUUACACAGAGUAAACAGUUAAUGAAUCUGUUAAAUUUUCCACCCAUUUGUUGCACUCCUGCUAGUUUUGGGAUUAACGGUAGAUUCUGAUUUCUAUGAGUGUUUAUUUAAAUACAAAUAAACUUUCAAAGAAACCCUGAA